CGUUUAUAAAACAUGCUCCUUUCAUCAACAACUAUUCCGAGACAUGAGUAUUUCGUGCCUUGUCCAAAGUUCAAUCAAUCAACAUGGCCUCUUCUGAGGAUUCGAGCUCAAGUCACUUUCAACUGGAAGGUCUACCGCCUGAGUUGAGAGAUCUCAUCUGGAAGUUCACUCUCCCUGACUGUCGUCUAUUUCACGUAAAGAAGACUUCAACGCAAGAACCAUCUACCAACCCUACAGUUGAUGAACUUUUCUUUCGCUUUCACAUUCACUAUGCGCCUCCAAUAGCUCUUCGAAUAUGUCGGGAAUCUCGUGCUGUCGCACAGCGUGAAGGCUUCUUCCUUUCACCUCACGGAGACAACCCAGGCGUGUGGUUCAGACCAGAAACAGACAUCCUCUACUUUGACCGGAACCAACGUGUCACCCUGAAAGCCAAACCACACAAUUCAAUAGUUACAAUCCAUGGCUAUGAUAAAGUCCUCAACGUCGGCAUUGAAUGGCGCGCUUUCUUUCGAGAUGUUCCCCGCCCAGCUGCUGGUGAGACAAUGGCGGAAUACUGGAGAGCUUCUAUAGAGUCGCUGUACGAUUUCAUGCCGGGCAUGCGCACUCUGAACUACAUUCUUCCUGAGCUGCGACAUAGAGGCGGUAUGGUUUGGGGACGCGAACCGUACCAGGCACAGAGCUACACGGCUAUGCUUCUACCCCUGCCAGAGAAGGUCAAGAUUCCGUGGGAGACGACGCGAAAUCGGGGAAAUGAUCGGGCGGCGAUGCUGAGUGAGUUUCUGUUCAAUGCGUCACAUGGGAACAGAGAUACGACACCGCUCAUGGUGACAUGGGGAGAAGUCAAGAAGGAUAUUGAAAAGGGUCUUGAGGAGGGUACUGAGCGAGAAAGUGCAGGGCAUUAUCCGCUUGAAGUGAUCGGUUGGUGGUUGAUAAGGGAUGGCAUUCCUGAGACGCAGGAGAACCCGCAGGUUCAACGAUUUCAAUCCUAGGCACUAUAUCAAGAAAGGACUUGGAUGGGGAAAUUGAUGAAGACUUGACUUUUAUAGUUAUACCAUCGACUCGUCCACUGGUUUCGCUUCCAUUCAAUACUUCAUCCAACACGUCAAUGCCAACCAUUUCACACCUAAUACACCGCUCUAAGACAUGUGAAGAACCUCAAUGUUGUUGCCAACAGGAUCAAGAACAAACGCCGCAUAGUAUCCAGGUCUAUACUCCCUCAGCCCAGGCUUUCCAUUAUCAGCAGCUCCAGCUUUACUACACCAACACAAUUAGCAUCUUCAUCACAAC